AUGUUUCCGUUACGAAGGAUAUUUAUUAAGAAAAACCUGAUAAUCAGGCCGCUGUCUAAUAAACGUCAAACUGCCACAAAUAUUCAAGAAAUCGAAGUUAAAUCAGUGUUCCACAAUGUUUCCAGCUAUAAGAAUAAGACGGCAAUUAUUGACAAUACUGGCAAUUACACCUUUGGGAGUAUUUUUGCCGAAGCUGAUAGCCUAUCCAAGAAAAUUGUAAUUCAGUUAAACGGAAAAACUGGCGAACGAGUUUUGUUUUUAUGUCCCAACGAUGCCAGUUAUGUGGUGACAAUUUGGGCCAUUUGGUUGGCAGGACAAAUUGCUGUUCCUCUAAGCCCUCUUCAUCCAGAAUCUCUUCUGGAAUACUACGUAGAAGACACCAAGAGUCAGCUUCUACUCUCCUCACUACAGUUUGAAAACCAAAUGGGAGAGUUAUCCAAAAAAUUAAAUAAAAGCUUGAUGGUCCUGGAUAACAACUUAUUAAAACUAGAUAGUUCCAAAAGAGUGAUCGAUGAUUCCUCACAAGAUUCCUUAUUACCUUACGUGAAAAGUGAAGCAAUGAUUUUGUAUACUAGUGGCACAACUGGAAAACCUAAAGGAGUGGUUUUGACACAUAAAAACAUUUUUACUCAAAUGAAGAUUUUGACUGAAUCAUGGAAAUGGUCGGAUAAAGAUGUUAUUUUACACACGUUGCCUCUACACCAUGUGCAUGGUACUAUAAAUGCCUUAUUUUGCCCACUUUUUAUGGGUGCAACUACUAUAAUGCUACCAAAGUUUAAUGCUAAAGAAGUGUGGUCUUAUUUGCUAAAUAGACAGAAUAAAAAUAACGAUAAGGUUUCUGUUUUUAUGGCAGUUCCAACCAUUUACUCCAAGUUGGUUGAGGAAUUUAACAAUAAUUUACAUAAAGAAGCUGAGGACAUUAGGCAAUAUUUGGUAAAUAACUUUAGGCUUAUGGUUAGUGGUUCAGCCCCUUUACCAGAACCUUUAUUUAACAGAUGGUAUGAAAUCACUGGCCAUCAACUUCUUGAGCGUUACGGUAUGACUGAAAUAGGCAUGUGCCUCUCAAAUGCCUACAAAGCUGAACGGGAGCCGGGAUAUGUAGGAUUACCCUUACCAACAGUUUCAGUGGCCUUAGCUGAUCAGGAAACUGGAAAAAUCUUAUUAAAGUAUGACGAAAAUACUGCUAACUCUAACUUGGAAGAUGUUUCAGGAGAACUUCUUGUAAAAGGAGACAGCGUCUUUAAAGAAUAUUUUAAUAAACCAAAAGAGACUGCUAAAGAGUUUAAUCAAGACGGUUGGUUUAAAACGGGUGACAUGGCACAAUACGUAAAAAACAAAAAUAAAAUAAAAAUGCUAGGAAGAAAAAGUGUGGAUAUCAUUAAAAGUGGUGGCUAUAAAAUAAGCGCAUUGCAAAUUGAAACCCUUUUGUUAGCUCACCCUGAUAUUAAAGAAUGUGCGGUUUUGGGGGUGCCAGAUGUGACUUAUGGUGAAAAAGUUGCGGCUGUUUUAGUGCUCGAGGAGGGACAUAAGAUAGACUUUGAGGACUUAAGGGAGUGGGCCAAAGAAAAAAUGCCAAAAUACUGGAUUCCUAGUAUAUUGAAGAUUGUGAAAGAGAUUCCUAAAAAUGCUAUGGGUAAAAUUAAUAAGAAAGCACUUCUUAAAGAGCUAUUUUAAAAAAAAAUUGGGGGUUUUUAAGUAUUAUACAGAAUGUUACAAAAUUCGGCGCAUAUAUUUUAAAAGCAUAUUGUUGGAGACAAAGUAAGACUUUUUUCCCUAUAAACAGGUGUCCUAAAAUGCUCCCCCUCAGAGCUACAGCCUGCGCAAAUUGCUUGAAGAAAAUCGAUUAUUUGGUACACUGACUACAGUUAUACGUAAAAUCUUCUGAAAAUUUGGAACUCGUUUUUUUUUUUGAGUGCUUUUGACAUUUUCCAUCCCAAAAAUGGUGGAAACCCAGAUUUAGGAGGGCUUACCCUUGUAAUGGCCCAUAACUUAGAUAAGAACUUUGAAAAUCUAGAACAGCAUCUAGUUAGCAAUGAAAAAAUCUAAAAUUAUUGAAUAUUUUCGAUACAUUUAAUUUGAUUUCACAAAAAUUAAAGCCGUCACGGCCCACUUCGUUUUUUCUAAUAUGAUAGUUUAAUCAGGCAAUAAUGCUCCUCUUUCGUUUCUCAGCGAUUUUCUCAAAAACGGUUAAUUGUAUAUCAAAAAAAUGGAAGAAAUCAAAAUUUUAGAUUUUUUCCAUAGCUAACUAGAUGCUGUUGCUAGAUUUUUUAUUUUCUUAUAGGAAUCGCGACCAUCAGAAGGGUAAAGGGUAAGCCUCCCUGAAUCCUUUUAGAUUUACAUCAUUUUAGCGAUGGAAAAUUUAAAAAACUCCUAAGAAACGGAGAAAAAUUUUCAGAAGAUUUGACGCAUAAAUGUAGUCAUAGUUCUAAAUAAUCGAUUUUCAUUAAUCAAUUUGCGCGGGCUGUAACUCUGAGAGGGAUCAUUUUAAGACACAUGUUUAUAGCAAAACAAAGUCCUAUUUUGACUCCAAUAAUACACUCUGAAAGUAUGUGCACCGAAUUUUGUAACAACACCCUGUAUAUGUUGUCAGUAUAUUUGAUUAGGUUGGGAGAAAUACAGUAAUUAUUUUAUGAAGUAAAAUAGUUUUGUUUAAUUCUAAAAGUAUAAUGAAGGAUCAUAAGAAAUGAUGACAAAUAUCCCAAAUCUUCGGGAGGAAAUUAAAACUAGUUUUAAUGUUCUCCCGAAGAUGCUAAAAUUGUUAGCGGAAUACAUGUCCAGAAUAAGUUGGUAAAACUGUUGUUGUAUGAUUUGAGUGUCAUACUGAAGGUUCCAACUAUAGGACUAUGCAAAUAUCUCAGUAUAUUUAUUUAUGUUA